GCACGCAACGACGACGGCUAAGUUGUUUGCUGGCCGUUGUUUCUGUUAAACAUUUAAUGCCAGUUGGUUAGUACCAUGCGCGUAGUGCGACCGUUUCACAGCCGUUUGCGUGUCCCACAGGUAUGGAGCUGACUUCCAUCGAGGCCCGUGCGUUCUGUGGCAUCUUCAUUAAUGCUUUCUUCGCCGUCGGAGAAGCGCUGACUGGGGUGUUCCCCAUCUUCGUCAAGGAUUGGAGAUCGCUGCAGCUGAUCUACUCGGCGCCAAUUGUACUCUUCUGCUCCUAUUGGUUCUUUCUUCCCGAGUCACCACGGUGGCUGAUGGCAGUCGGCCGGAAUGACAAGGCCGAGGAGGUGCUAAGAAACGUGGCCAAGUGGAAUGGAAAACCUUUUCCUGAAGAGCUGAUCACGAAGGAGAGGAGCAGUGGAUCGCUCCAAGAGCCCCAAGCCAUCAAUGAAAGCUUCAUUAGCGUGAUUAAGUCACCUGUCCUCCUGAAGCGGGCGUUCAUCCUGGCUUUUCAGUGGCUGGUGGUGGCGAUGGUCUACUACGGCAUCAGCAUGGUGUCCACUGACCUGGGAGGGGACGUUUACACCAACUUCAUCCUCACGAUGCUGAUCGAAAUACCGUCGUACGUGUUCUGCGCACUCACCCUUAAUCCGACUCGUGCCGGCCAACGCGGAAUGCGUGUGAUGGGCGUGGGCAUGGCCUCAGCCUGCUCAAGAAUCGGCUCCGUGCUCGCACCGGUCAUCGCCGAUCUGGUAACUACAGAAGCUGCGCGUUCAGCAGCCAAGGUGACGAAGUUCGCUCAUAAUACGCUGAUGUUGCGAACAUUUUCGGGGGGUGUGGCCUGCUGGGCGGGCGGCAUGACGGCCUUCCUGCCGGAGACGAGUGGACGCGACCUGCCCACCACGGUCGCCGAGGCGGCGACUUCGGACG